AUGAUUUAAUGUUUAAGCAUUAUCUAAAUAUUCUAAAUAGUAAAUAGUAUGAGCAAAAUCCAAAAUACUGUUGAAUAGCUUGACAAAAAUUUAAUAAUUGUUAUUGCUUUUAAAACAUUUAAACCAUGCCGUUCAUGAAAGGCGCUGCUCCGAUUCGGAGAACUAUACAAUAUUUAGAAGCUGGUAAGAUAGUGUUUAAAGACCGAAUUAAAAUUGUAUCAAUUCACUACAAUACAUUGGGUGAAAACCAUCGUGGCACCCGUGAAUUUGUAUUUUGGCACCUUCCUCAAAUUCAAUUCAAAAAUCCCGACGUCCAAGUAUUGACCCUUAAAAACAUGACACCAACACCAUUCAUAAGAUGUUUCAUGAAUGAUGGUAAAGAUGUGUUGAUUGAUGUUGAUAAUCGUGACAAAGAUCGUAUCCAUGACCAUGUUUUAGAAGUUCUUGGAAAACCAAAAGAAACUCUUAAAAUGGAAGCCAUGGCUAAAGAAAAAAAAGAUAAUAUUGCCAAUUUUGGAUACAUGUGUGAAAAACAUUGUAUGUGUGAAAUUUUUGGACAAGUUCCGUGUCCAGCUGUUGUACCAUUGCCUAAAUCUUGGAGGGGCAAAUACAAAAAUGAGGAGUUAUAAUAUUUAACACUUGGUUAUAUGUAAAUACUUUUUUUUGAUAUAUUAGGAUUUAUAGUCACAAUAAAAUGGAGUUUUUCUCAUAAACUGUCAUAUA